CUAGAUUUAUAUAGUACAUGCAACGCAGUGUUACAACUAUAGAGAAAACAACAGAAAGCUAGGGACAAGGAGAUGAGGCCAACAAAUACCACCACCAUCGCCACCACCAUCGCCACCACCGGCACUGCCACUGCCACUGCCACAACCAUUGAUGCCGGAUUCCACAAGAGGAACUCACCAAUUCCUUGCAUCUUUGGUGUCCUAGCUAUCAUGGUGCAACUUAUCGCGUUAGUAUUGAUAAUUCUAGCUUGCUCAUACCAAAAAAAAUCUUCUAAUUCAUCAAGUGGGGUCCAAGAAGAACCAAGCAAGGCUGUGCAGGUUUUAAAGACAGAAAUGGAGCCAAAGAUAGUCGUCAUCAUGGCCGGAGAUGACAACCCCACGUACUUGACAAAGCCCAUCUCUUCUGAUAGCCAUACGAAACAAGUCUGAGAUCUCUCAUGCUUGAAUAUUCACAGCAAUUAGUCUGAGAUUUGUUUUUUUUUUUUUUUUUUGUGUUUUUUUUUUUUUUUAAAUUAUCAUAAUGAUUCUUUCUACUGAUUUAGACUUUGCCUUUGUUAAGAGUUCGUUACGGGAAUAUGAAAAUUGAUGAAUAUAUUUCAUUUUACAGUGGUUCAGUAGCAUCUCUUCUUAUUUCUCUUAAAAAUAUUGUGAAAGUUUUUUUAAUAAAAAAUGUGUUAUUUAUCUUUCAAAUAAAAACUUACUAAUCCGCCGAGCAUAUUGAC